AUGGAGGAAUUUGGUCACUUGAAAGCCGCCUUAAGAAGACAGUUGAAACUGAUCCACAGAAUAGAUGAAUUCUCAACUGUAAAGGACUUUAAAGAAAGAAUAUAUUUAGAUAAAUAUAUGAAAAAUUUCAUCUAUAAUCUACUGUAUUUCAUUCUGUUAGAUGAUGGUAAAAAUUUAAAUUUGAUCUUUGAAUUAGAAAAUACUUUCCAAAAAAAUGAUCUAGAUCACGACAACAACAAUAAUAACGAGAAUGAAAUCAUCUCGAAAAAUUUCCCCAAUUCAAUUGAUGAUAUAUUCAAUGAUUUUAAAAAUGAUACCCAAUUUUAUAAAAAAGUAAAAUCAUUUAAACUAGAAAACAAAUGUCAUAAAGGAAGAAACUGUGGUAGAAAGUUUAGAAAUGGUGAACCUAUCUAUAGAUGCCAAGAAUGUGGUUUCGAUGAAACGUGUGUCCUAUGUAUCAACUGUUUCGAACCUGAUGACCAUAAAGAUCAUCACAUAUAUAUGGACAUAUGUAACAGUGACCUAAAUACAGGCAUCUGUGAUUGUGGUGAUACAGAAGCAUGGAAUACUAAUCUGAAUUGUAAAGCUGAAAAUGAUUCAAAAUUAAAUACCAAUGAUGAAAAACAGAAAAAAUUACUGGAUUUCUUUAACACUGAUAAAAAUUCUAAACUAUUCGAAGUUGUAUUGACUGAAAUAUUAGAUUACUUUAUAGACGUUUUCAAUCAGAACAUCGAACCAUUAUACACAUUGCAAAGCGAUGUUACCAUUUUAUUAAGAAAUAUUUAUCACCAAAACUCUAAAAUGAAUAACAUUAAUAACGAACAAAAUGACGACACCUCUACUAAUGAUGAAAACCAUUCUCUAGCAUAUGAAAAGAUGAUAGAAUUUAUCAACGAAUUAUCAUAUAAGAAUGAAUAUUUUAAUGAAAUAGAUGAGCAAAGCGGCUUCACAGUAAUUGUCUACAACGAUGAAUAUCACAAUUAUUCACAAGCAACAACUGCAUUGAGACAAGGUAAACCAGAUAACAAGCAUAUUGAUUUAUUAACAGCUAGAAUCGAUGAAGAAGGUAAAACAGUUUUAAAAUGUUCAGAAAAAUUAGAUAAAUCAUUAGUGGACAGUUUUUUUGCUGUUCAAACCAAUGGCUUAACUGCAUCAAUAAUACAUUGGUCUGAAUACAUACAUCAAAAGGCAUGUAAAUACAUUAUUUCAUGGCUAUCCCAUUGUUUAUCCAUCGAACAUCCAUCUUUUCAAAAUCUUUUUAGAAAUACUUUAUGCAAAGUAUUAUGUUCAGAGUAUAAAGAAAAAAAUACCAGAGAUCUAACACCAAUUAUAGAUAAAUACUUUAUGAAAGCGGCAAAUUCUACAAAGGUUUCCAGAUAUAACGAUUUAUCAGUUCUAGACCCAAAUAUUAAAAUCCCACAGUCUAUUCAGAAAUUAUUAAAUACAGAGAAUUCAGAAAUUCAGAUACCGUUAGACUCUUUAAGUGAAACUAGCAUACGAGGAAACAUAAAUUAUACCAACUCAAGGUUACAAUUUAUUUUAUAUUUUGAUAACAGAUAUUGGAAAUCAUUAAGAAAAAAUGUCCAAAACUUAAUUGUACCAACCUUAGCAUCCGAUAUUGAAUACAAAAAGAUAUUCAAUGACCAAUUUAUUGAAAUAAUUAAUCAAAUUAUGAAUUCCGUGACAUUCAGAGAUAGAGAACCACAGUUAACUAUAUUAAGGGAGUGUAUCGUUCAACUUUUAACAUGCCCAACCAAUGUCGAGUCAAUUGUGUCAGACACUAAAAAGUUACAGAACAUCCUUUGGACAAUAAUUGAUAUAUUUAACAAGUUUACUAAACGAGAAAACGGAUUAUUAAUUUGGCAAAGAGUGCAAAAGAUAAACCCAACAAAGAGUUACACCUUUAUUUUUAGGCAAGCUCUAUACCUUAUAGAAAUCGUGCUGGGUAAAGUGAAGGAUAUAUCCGUACUUCUUCUGCCUGAAAACUUUGUCACAUUAUUAAACUUCCUAAAAUUGUUUAAUGGAGCUUGGAAAUUGAAAAGAAAAGAAGGUGAACAUGUCGAGCACGAAGAUCAACAUUUUAUUCCUUAUUUACAAUACACAACAUAUAUUUACAACAUCAUCGAGGUCUAUAAUGUGAUAUUAAAAAAGCAUGCAAAUUCUACAGAUAGUCAAAGAAUGCUUAUUGAAAGUAUAAAAAUAUUAUCUAAUUAUUUAGAUAGAGCUGCAACACUAAAUAUGAACCACAGACCUGUCACAUACGAAGGCAGAGAAUACCAGAUAAUAAAAUUUGAUAUUGACAAAGAACGCACAUCAUAUAUGAAUCCACUCAAUACUCUGUUAUCUAUUUUAUUAGAUAAAGUAUCGAUUCGAGAUUUCUUAAAUAUUAUGGAACAGUCAAAAGAGAAUAAUUUCAUCAAUAUUUCAGAUAUUUCAUUAAGAACAAUUAUCCUAUGCUCCCAAAUAGGUGUUGGUUUUUGGAUUAGAAAUGGUAUGUCUGUUCUUCAUCAAAUUUCGUACUACAAAGGAAAUUCAGAACUAGACUCAUAUUCAAGAGAUAUUUAUAUUGUUCAAAUGACUUCAAUUAAAGCAUGUAGGAACAAGACCAAUAGCUUACUUGACGACAGUACCCGUGAAGAAUUAGACGCAUUUGCAUUGAACAUUAUAGAUAGAUGGGAGCUGUUAGAAUGGUUUACUGGCAAUAAGGAAAUCAAUGAUACUGUGUAUGAAGACAAGAUAUUGCCUAUCAUUCAACAAUUUAUUGCAUUUUGUUACCAUUUGAUUACAGAUCGACAAUAUUUCAUUGGAUUUAAAGACUUCGAAGAGCAAAAAAUGUAUAAUAUCGAAAAUGCAAUUAUUUAUAAUCUUUAUUCGAAGCCUUUAUCAUAUUCUAAAUUAUUAAAGGCGAUACCUGAUUAUUUAGUUCAACACAACAAUAAUCAAGAUUUUGAUAUUGCUUUAGAAAAAUUAUCUGUUUUUGAAGAGCCUAAAGGGUUGACUGAUAGUGGUGUCUACAGAUUGAGCAAGAAGUAUUAUUCAAGAAUUGACCCAUUAAAUAUACUAAACAUGGGAAAUGAUUUUGAAACUAGUGCUACUACUAUAAAGAAUUGUAUAUCUGGCAAAAGUAAGAAAAAUCAGAAAAUUAUCCUAGAUCCAUAUUUUCCAUCUAAUUGCGAUAAAUUAUAUGUAGGUCAAUUUUCCAAAACCAUGCCAUUUACAAGAUUUAUUUAUAAACUACUAUCAGCAGCAAUCGAAAUGUCUGAGGGAAGUUACUUAUAUGAGUUGUUGCAUCUAAUCCAUGCAAUCUUUAAAGAUGAACAGAUAUUGAUGGAAUCAAAAAAGAUUAUCCCAGAUAGUUAUUUAGAAGUUCCAAUUUGUGAACUGUUAGUAAAAAUAUUCGACAGUCAAUUCGAAAAUAAGUUCUCUGAUUCAAUUGUAACCAAAGCAAACUUCUUAUUCGAGGAGAUGGUCUCGUGUGAUCACGAUAGAGUUUAUGAGACUCUUACGAAUACUUUAGGGAAGGAUUUUGUUAGUUCUUUCAGAGAGAAAAAUUUGAAUAACAAUAAUGGAUCUGAUGAAAUUUUGAAUGAAUUGGAAAAGAAGAAAAUGUUAGCAAAAAAACGCCAACAGAAGUUAUUGCAAAAAUUCAAUAAUCAACAAAAAAAGUUCAUGCAGGGCCACGAAUCGGAACUGGUUGACAAAACAGACUCUACCUCAAAGUCUCCUUCAGCUAAUCAAGACGAGAACAUUAUUGAUGAUGAAAAGAUAUCAAUUGAAGAAGACUAUACCUGUUCUUUAUGUCAAGAUCAGGUGGAAAAUGAUGCUUUUGUAGUUCCAGCUUAUCACGAUUACACACCUAUAUUUAGGGUAGGUGAUAUAUUCGAUAUUGAUGAGUUUGCAAUGAAAUGGAAUGGCUUUGCUAACAAUGAAAAGAAAGCUUAUACCGAUGAAAAGAUAUUGCGAAGCUUGAAUAUAGAUGGAAAAAGAGGUUCAAGGAAGGUAUUUGUUUCCUGUAAUCAUAGCGUUCAUGGUAGUUGUUUCAAAAGAUUUAUUCAAAAGAAAAGGUUUUCUGUAGACGCCUUUAUAUGUCCAUUAUGUCAGACAUAUUCCAAUUGUGUUAUACCUGUGGUUAAUUCUUCUAAUACUAGCGAUUUGACGUGGAGAUCUAUAUUGACGGAUAAACAGUCUUCAAUAAAUUCACUUGUCAAAUUGAUAGCUGGCGAAUGUGUCGAUACUACCAAAGAUUGUGACACCAGCAACCCAAUGUAUGUUGUAGUGUUGUUCUCGACAUUUCAUUCGAAUUCAUUUGAUGCUGACGUGAGAAAAUCUUCGGGCUUUCAAAAGGCGGAUGCUGCUUCUGUGCUUGGUGUUCAUUGGGCUAAUACAAUUUCCAUGCUUGAAAUUGCUUCUCGUCUUGAUAAUAAUCCAUAUGAUUCUUAUCUACAGGGAAGAGAACAAAAAUAUAGGACAUUAAGAAAUAUCCUGGGCUUAAUUUUGUUGAUAAGACAGAAGUUUGGAGAACCCAAUGCUGAUUUCCUUCCAUAUGCAAAGAAAACUGACUCAAGUUGGACAAGUAAUCAACCAUUCCAAUUCAUUGUAUACCAGUUGCUGUUUAACAAAUCCCAGAAAUCAUUGCAAGACGUAAUAAGUCAUGUGGUUUAUCAAGUAUCUUCCGAAAUUUUAAACAACUUUCUCGAUGGUGUUUCUUUACCAGAAGUAGAUAUAAUGUAUUCUACAGCUAUAGAAACAGGUGAAAUUUAUAGUAUGCCAGACGAUAUGCGCGAAUGUCUUUCGAGUCCAAUUUACAAAGGAAAUUCUAAUGAUAUCAACCUACCAAACGAAGCGUAUCAUCUUGUUUACACCUGUUUAAUAAGAAAUAUCUAUCCGAUAUUACGUAAAUGUUUGAUCAUGUUAAAGGUCUUACAUGACUUCAGUCCAAGAUCCGACAGCAAUGAUUUUUAUAAGGAUUGUUGCGAUAUUGUGGGUGAAGAUAAAAAUAUUGAUUUGGUUACAUCUGUUGAUAACGCAAUUAAGAUACUUACAGGUAAAGAUUCGUUAAAAUUGUUAUUGAAUCACUAUGAGACACAAGAAUAUAACAAGAAAGUAGAUGAAAAAUUCUUAAAUCAUUUUUCAUUUGAAUAUUGUGGUAUUGUAAAAUUAGUAAAUCUGGCACAGAAUUUAAACACAUAUGUUACCAAUUCCAAGGACUUAAAGUUGCGCGAAGAGUUUUCCCUGUUCGAUUCUAAUAUUGCGAAUAGAUUAGAUUUCAAGAUUUGCUUGACCUGUGGUGUCAAAGUCCAUAUGAGAGGUGAUAAUCAUGAGAUGUCUAAACAUUUGCACAAAUUUUGUUUUAGAUCAUAUGGUGUGUUUUUGAUACCUAAUAAAAACGAAAUAUGUCUUAUCUUCUUCUAUCCCCCAUCGACUGUUUAUAUCCCUGCUCCAUAUUUAAAUUCCCACGGUGAGACUGGUAAAAAUGCCAUUAAAAGAGGUGAUACAACAACAUUGAAUUUGAAGCGUUACGAAUUUUUAAACAACUUAUGGAUAAACAAUGAAAUCCCCGGUUAUAUCAGUAGAAUCAUGGGUGAUAAUUUUAGAUUAAAUAUAUUAACCAAUGGGUUUUUGUUUGCCUUUAAUAGGCCGGUACGUCAAAGAAGAACGGAUGAUGAUGAUGAAAGCGAUGAAGAUGACGAUAUCAAUAUCGUUGAUGAUAUGAUAUCAGAAGGAGAAAACGAGAGUGAUUCCGAAUCUGAUGUGAUCGAUAUAGCGAACAACCAGAUGAUUGAAUUAAGAGACGAUACGAUGUUUGGGCUGAAUGAGGAGGAUGAAGACAACGAAGACGAUGACGACGAUACAGAAAACCACGAUGAUGCCAGAUUUUUCCAAGUUUUUGAACCAUUCAGAAACACAGUAAUGACACAAGUUAGAGAAAAUAAUCAACUUACAGCACCCUUGAUAGAAUUGUUUGGACCUCGUUUCACAGUCCCAAGAAGAAACAAUGCAUUACAGAUAGACGACAGUGAUGAAGACAACAAUAUACAACAAGACGGUAACGAUGACGACGACGAUGACGACGACGUAGUCCAGGGACCAAAUGACCCAUUCAUGGAGACAGAUAACAAUUAA